UGGCCAAUGGGUGGCCGGUGCAGGUUUAACUAUGUUUAAUGUCAGAUAGCAAUAAAGUAGAAGCUGCCGGCCGGGCCCCGCGGAAAUGGGCGAGCAUAAUCUCCUGAAUCCCGGGUUUGUGGGGCCGCUGGUGAACAUCCACACGGGAGACACGUUCUACUUCCCCAACUUCCGCGCGUCCGGGGCGCAGCUGCCAGGGCUGCCUUCGCUGUCCUACCCGCGCCGUGACAACGUGUGCUCGCUGCCCUGGCCGUCGGCGGAGCCCUGCAAUGGCUACCCGCAGCCCUAUCUCGGCAGCCCGGUGUCGCUCAACCCGCCCUUUGGCCGCACGUGCGAGCUGGCGCGCGUGGAGGACAGCAAGGGUUACUACCGCGAGCCGUGCGCCGAGGGCGGCGGGGGCCUGAAGCGUGAGGAGCGCGGGCGCGACCCGGGCCCAGGAGUCGGGCCAGGGGCGGCGCUGCUGCCGCUGGAGCCGUCGGGGCCCCCUGCACUCGGUUUCAAGUACGACUACGCGGCGGGCGGCGGCGGCGGCGACGGGGGCGCGGGACCCCCGCACGACCCGCCCUCGUGCCAGUCACUGGAAUCCGACUCCAGUUCGUCCCUGCUCAACGAGGGUAACAAGGGCGCCGGCGCCGGCGACCCGGGCAGCUUGGUAUCGCCUUUAAACCCCGGCGGCGGGCUCGCGGCCAGCGGCGCGCCCUGGUACCCGAUCCACAGCCGCUCCCGGAAGAAGCGCAAGCCCUAUUCGAAGUUGCAGCUGGCGGAGCUGGAGGGGGAGUUUCUGGUGAACGAGUUCAUCACGCGGCAGCGCCGGAGGGAACUCUCAGACCGCUUGAAUCUUAGUGACCAGCAGGUCAAGAUCUGGUUUCAGAACCGGAGAAUGAAAAAGAAAAGACUUCUGUUGAGGGAGCAAGCUCUCUCCUUCUUUUAGGCGGCAAGACACGGGCACCGGCCCCGGACUGAGCCUGUCUCUGGCAGGGAGCAAGAGGGGGGCACUGCCUGGGACCCAGUCCCCGCUUAGAACGCCAGGCAUCUCUGGCAGGCCCUCCCUGGACAUCCUCUUGUCUGUUUUGUUUGUGGUUCCCUCCCACACACCCCCAGCAGGCCCUGCCAGGUCCCAGAGAGAAGGGAAGAAGCCAGCCAAGGAGAGAGGAAGCCCACAGCUGCAGGCAGGGGAUAGGGGCAGGGAAGGCUGAGGUGCUGGGGAAGGACUGGUUUGCAGUGGGACCGGGGCACUGGGCCCGGGGCUGAGGAGCUGGAGCAAAGGUAAUCCAGGCGCCCCCCUCCCACCACUUUCCUUCCGUGGUCGGAAGUCAACCUGCAGUAGGCAAAAGUGGGGACAGUGGAACCGAGGCUCCCCAAACUCCCAGCGGUUGGGGUUAGGAGGGAGCAAGAGCGGAGCGUCGGCGGAGAGAUUGGCAGGGGUCAGCGUAGCUAUGCAAGGGCAGGAGGAAGUGGAGAAACCUGGGAGGAAGUGCGGUUUGGGAGAACAGAGUGAUCAUUAAUGCCCGGUAAAGGCCGCUGGGGUCUGGUCCUCUGGGCCUGGAGGCCGAGGCACAGGCGUUUGACAGAGCCGGCUGCGGACAAGGCGACCAUCAGCCUUAAGUCCUCUCUGGGGCGGGCUGCCUGAAAAGUCUCCUGGUCUCCAGCCUUCUCCCGACGCCUCUGCCCGCCCAUUCGCUCACAGGUGUGCCGCCAGGCACUCUUCCUGCCGCCUAGGCGGCUGCGGACCGGAAGCCGCAAGCGCGGAAUUGAGAGCCCAGCGGACGCAGCCUCGGGCAUAGUAGCCACCCCAGGGACCCCCACCUGGCCCUCCAGGAAGCCCAAGAGGCUGUGAAAGAGUCUGCGAAGCGCGGCAUUGAUUGGCCGGGAGAGUUUCUGGCAGCCGCGGCUACCGCCGCUGAUUCUCCCUUCCCCGCUGGCGUUCACGGUCACGGCCGGCCAGAGGCUGGACCGGCAUAAUUUACGAGGCAGGAGGAGAAUCUGCCCCUAAAGGGGCUACCGGCCGCAGAGGCCCCUGCUCAGCCCUGGUUUCCCAGGCUGGUGACAAUGAAGGAGGGGGGCGCUGCAGUCCCCCACACAACUCCUUUCUCUCUUUUACCCACCCCCCUUCCACCCGCCCCCCCCCCCACCCCACCCCACAACGUCGCCCUUUGUCUCAGGAUCCUCUGCCUCCGCCUCCCCCUGGCCGGCGAGGCGCCGAGUACAAGGACCAGAGCUGAAGGAGGGACACAUCCUCAGAACCGGUCGGAAGCCAAAGAGUGGCUUCUUCUGCAGAGGGCCUUUUAUUCAAAGCCCUCUUCAGGCCCCAGCCCCAGCCCACUAGAUCUAGGCUGGCUUAGGAGAGAGAAGCAGUGGAGAAGCUCGGCACCUUCCUGCCCUCCGUUUUUAUCCCUCUUGGUGAGAGUUCCCCCGACUUCCCCUCUGCCCACCCACCCACCCUUGCAGGAGCAAGGAGAGCAAAAACAGGGAGCUGAUGAGCGUUAAGCCCAGCCUGGACACUGUGAACUGGCCUGCCAGCUUGGGAGUUCUUCCUGCCCUGGAAGAGUCUCUCCUAACACCCCCUCCAAUGGCAAUCCACGGAGCCUGCCGCUCUCCCACCAGCACACAGCGUCAAGUCCCUGGACAAGACUGUGCAGAGGCAUGGGCAAAGGCAGGCACAGCGGAGCCCGGCACCCCCACUGGUCCCCCCCCACCCCACCCCCACCAGUACUUGUAAGCAGGCAGCCUCAUGUCCCCAAAUGCAGCCCUGCAGAGUGGCGGUACAAUCACAUGCCCUCAUCGCCACUGGGCACCUGCCACACUUCCCCACUGACAUAAACUUGUUUCACCCGUAUACAACAAGUUCACAGAAAUCAGCGCCAUUCCUGCUGUCUGCACAAUCCCUUGUGGGCUGGCCCUGAGUGUGAGGCACUCUCCCCUUUGCCUGGUCACCCAUGUACCCCUUCAUGCAGCCUCUCCUGUGACCUUGUGGGCCCUGGGGUGCUGGAUUCAAGCUUCACCCCUCCAGCCUGCCUCCCACAGCCUACUAGAGAAGAGAGACCAGAACACUCCAAAGGGGGUGGGGGUGUAAAGAUAUGCAAUAUUCUCUUCCUGUCGCUUUAAACUUGACUUCCGUGAGCUUCUCUGUCAAUCUGUGUCCUGUUCUCUGUGUCCCUUGCUAGUACCUAGUCUAGUCUCUGUGGGUAGAUGCCCUCCCCAGCUCUCUGUAGUGUGCCCUCCUAGUCAAACGUCUGUCUUUAGCACGUUUUCCCUUUAUAGAGUCCUUGUACAGAGUUGCUUCAUCAUAUUAAUAUUAAUAAUAAUAAUUAAAACAUGACUGAA